UCUUAGGUGGCGCCGGCUUGCGGCCGGUGUGGCGGUGGUAUUGGUUCCAGAAGCCGGAGCGGGCACGUUCCCUGGACAGGCGUCAGGGCUAUGGUCGCCAGCUUCCGAAGGCCCACUUUGCAUCUCAGCCCGAUCCUGAGCGCGAACCUGAACUGUCUCCUCAGCCCAGUCCCCCGGAGCGGUCGGCCGCUCCCCGGGCGCGCCCCCUCCGAUGGCGGCGGAGACCCAGUCCCAGCCCCUGACCCGCAAGCCGAUCCUUCUGCAACGGGUCGAGGGGUCGCAGGAGGUGGUGAACAUGGCGGUGAUCGUGCCUAAGGAGGAGGGUGUCAUCAGCGUCUCGGAAGACAGGACAGUUCGUGUUUGGUUAAAGAGGGACAGUGGACAGUACUGGCCAAGCAUAUACCAUGCAAUGCCUUCUCCAUGUUCAUGCAUGUCUUUUAACCCGGAAACAAGAAGACUGUCCAUAGGUCUAGACAAUGGUACAAUCUCAGAAUUUAUUUUGUCUGAAGAUUAUAACAAGAUGACGCCUGUGAAGAAUUAUCCAGCACAUCAGAGCAGAGUGACGAUGGUCCUGUUUGUUCUGGAGCUGGAGUGGGUGCUGAGCACUGGGCAGGACAAGCAGUUCGCCUGGCACUGCUCUGAGAGUGGGCAGCGCCUGGGGUGUUACCGCACCAGUGCUGUGGCCUCGGGCCUGCAAUUUGAUGUUGAAACCCGUCAUGUGUUUAUUGGUGAUCACUCGGGCCAAGUCACCAUCCUCAAACUGGAACAAGAAAACUGCACACUACUAACGUCCUUCAGAGGGCACACAGGAGGGGUGACAGCACUCUGCUGGGACCCGGUCCAGCGUGUGCUAUUCUCAGGCAGUUCCGAUCACUCCGUCAUCAUGUGGGACAUCGGCGGGAGAAAAGGGACGGCCAUCGAGCUCCAAGGACACAAUGACAAGGUCCGAGCCCUCUCCUAUGCACAGCACACAAGGCAGCUCAUCUCGUGUGGCGGUGACGGUGGCAUUGUCGUCUGGAACAUGGAUGUGGAAAGGCAGGAGACCCCUGAGUGGUUGGACAGUGAUUCCUGCCAGAAGUGUGACCAGCCUUUCUUCUGGAACUUCAAGCAAAUGUGGGACAGUAAGAAAAUUGGCCUAAGACAGCACCACUGCCGGAAGUGUGGGAAGGCCGUGUGCGGCAAGUGCAGCUCCAAGCGCUCCUCCAUCCCACUCAUGGGCUUUGAGUUUGAAGUCCGGGUCUGCGACAGCUGCCACGAAGCCAUCACAGACGAAGAACGCGCACCCACAGCCACCUUCCACGACAGUAAGCACAACAUUGUGCAUGUGCAUUUUGACGCGACCAGGGGAUGGCUGCUGACUUCUGGGACUGACAAAGUGAUUAAGUUGUGGGAUAUGACCCCAGUAGUGUCAUGAUACCUCGCCCAGGGACUAGAAGAUGGUUUUCACUAAAGAAACACUUGUUUGAGCCUGAAAUCAUCACGGGAGAAGCAAAGAAUGCAAAUGUGAGCAGGAAGAGAGACCAAAGGCUCCGAGUGAAUCUGCUCUCCCCGGACUGUGGGGUGAGCUAGUGGAAGAGUGCUCUCGGGGCUCUUCAGCUGUCCUUACCAUAUAAAAAAGAUAUUUUUUUAUCAAAUGGUUUAUUCAGCCUGGCUGUGCUGCGUUGUGUUGAGUGCAUUGGAAAAUCUGUGUGGGGUGUUAAAGCUUCCGUGUUCCGUCCUUCCAUUAUAUUCAUUGCUUUCUGGGGGGGGGAGGGGGGGAGAAGAGAAAUAUCUGUGGAAGGUGUAGUGUCGUAUAAAACAGUGUCCACAUUUUCUUCACCUCAGCAUGUACCAGACAGAGCCUUUCUCUUCCCUUGAGUCUUCCUUCUCUGGCUGCACUCGCCUCUCGCCAGGGUGCGUGAUUACAGUUUGUUCCGGUGUUCUGCUUUCGUGGCCAGAUAAGAGUUGGAAAACCGUGCGUGUCCACAGCUGGCCUCUUGAGUCACCUGUAGGGAGCAAUUGUGCUGUUGGCAGUGCCUGUGACUCCGCUUCCAUAGUCUCUUUUGUCCACGCUAGGAAAUGCUUUCAGAAACCGCUGUCCCCACCAUCAGCCUGGACACUGGUCAUGUGACUCAGCCUCACCUAGCAGUGCCUGUGUCUUUCCGAAUUCAGUGAGGGCUGCUUGAGCCUUUCACAUUUUGGACUUUGGGAAUUUUGGUUUUUGGUUUUGUUUUUAUAGCUUUCCUUUACUCAUAAUAUGAAAGACAAGCAAAAACGUGCAAUCUCCAGAAGUGUCUUGAAGGUGCGUCUUUCUACACAGUGUUGCCUCUACAUGUGAACAUUUAUAGCUUACAGAUUAGCGCCCUGCUCUCUUCACCGUUCGGAUCCCUUUUAAAACCAGGUACUUAAGCAUCUUUAUGGGAAUGUAUACUCUUCUACGAAGUCAGCUGUGAUCUAAACAGAGGCAUGGAAGAAAUGAGCAGGGUUCUCCUAGGGAAAUCAGUCCAGCUUGAUAAGGUGCAGUCCAAAGGACUCACUUUGGGAUAUCAAGGUACGUUAAAAGUAGUAGCAAGCCCGUGCCUGGAAAAAGGCCCAUCCAGUCACUUCACACAUGCCCCGCCCUUGGGAAUAUCAGUGGGGCUGCCAGGUCGGAGUCUCGUGGGUAAACGGGCUGAUUGCUUGCCCCGCCUUUCCAUGUCACAACUCGCUGUAUCGUCUUCACUUCUGACUUGACAGGUACUUCCUGUCAGGAAGUACGGAAAUGAAAUUACAGUCCUCCCCUUUUAUUUUGGUUCUGUUCCUAGAAAAGCCGUCCCCUUCAUCAUUGCUUCUCUUUCUGGAGAAGCCGCGGUAGCCAGACACUAGCAGCCCAGAGUGCUUCCUAGGACACAGCGUCCUGGAGUCCCCGCCGCCUGCUCUGGGAAGCAGGGCUGGUGUGCUUCUCCCACAGCCACACCCACAGCCACGCCCCCGGCAGCUGUGAUGUGAGAGCAGAACUCUGCACACUCCCCAGAAGUCAUCACCACUGUGGUUUAACGGCCCCUUCCAUGAAAUGCCACCUAGGUGUGUUCUCUGCAUGACUGCUCCAUCACAGAGCCUUGAAGAGGGACUUGGAGCUAAAAUAUUCAAAUAUCGAUGAUAUGGUUGAUUGCUAGAAUCUCCAGCCUCUUGGCAAGUUGUAGAGGAAAUCAGUAAUAGAAGAGAGUCUCUGAACGGAAGCAUGGCUGCACGUGGGCAAGGAAAUACAGUAUUAGGAAAGCGGAGACUCGGGCACCCAGCAAGCCUGUGUGGAUUUCCGCUCAUGUGUGGAUGAAUUCAGACUCCUGGGAAAUGAAUUGCCUUCAUUAGAACCCUUUACACUCUUGGAUGGCUCUACAUACCCCUCUAGUCACCUCCCAGCUACAGCGCAUCCUGCAGAGUCCCCAGAGGUUGAACCUUCACAGUGAUGAAAAUCAUGGUUGUCCACCACAGAUAACCAAGGUCUCCAUGGCUCUGCCCACGUGGCUACCGAAUCUGUUGAAAGGAAUGCAUCAGAACAGCUACGUAUGCACAUAGCAGUGCAGUGUGGAUGCUUGUGUCUGCCUGGUGUUCUUGACCCACAGAGACGUGUGUGCUGGCGCUGAUAGGUUUCCAAGCAUUCUCUGAAAAAGAAGACUUUGUCCAUCAGAUAUGAACACUGGCACGGUGCUUGGCUUGUGUCUCCUCUGAGCAAAAGAAUCACAAGUCUGUCUCCCCCUUAGCAAAAAAUGAUUUUAGAAAUAAGUACUUGGAAUUUUGUGUCCUUUUAUAAAAGGUCAGUCAACAUAAUGUGUUUCUCAUUUAAGUGUUUGAAUUAUUCAUGAAAUUACAACAUUGGAAGGGAAUCUUAAGAUCUUGAAUGUCCUAGGUUAGGCAUACCGGGCUGUUAGAUAGAGCCACAGUAAAACAAAAAGAAUCUCAAAGAACACCCACGAAACUGACAUUUGCUAUUACCAAUGGCAGCGUGAAUAGACAGAAGAAGUGACCCCCUUGCCUGGGGCAGGAAGUCUCUGGAAUCAGGUUUGAUACUGUUUUGAGAAAAUUUGACAUAACUUUGGGUGUCUGCCUAUGGUUCUGAGUGGAGCCUGUUUAUCCAAAGGCAGGUAGUCCUGCAUACCCCUGUAUGUCAUACCCCACCAACCACCCUGGGAACAAAGUUGAAUCAUACAGUCAGGGCUCUGGAGUUCCCACCGCCCUGCUGGCUAAGGGCUGCUCUACCAAGUCUGGACUUACAACACCCGACCUUGGGAGACACCACCUCAGCAUCUCAGAGGUCAUGUUUCUAAAGUGUACUGUGGUUUUGUUUAACAUCAAUCCUUAGAAAGCUUGAAUUUCAACUUCAAAGCAAAAAAAUAGCUUGGAACUAUGUGUCACAGUUGGUUCACAGAAAUAUUCAUUAAUAGGGCCUUUGGUUUCGUUUUUUCCUAAUAUUUAAAUAUAUAUAUUUGUAUAUAUGUGAGUUUAUUCACUAAAAUUUAUAUUUUAAAGCAAAAGAAAAACAUUUUUUCAAAGUGCUUUUAUUUUUCUUUCCGUUAAAAUAACAUUAGGGUUCAUUUUUGCUGGUGUAAAGGUAGAUAGAUACUCAGCACCUUCCUGAAGUGACACUUAAGUUAAUGGUUUGUCACCUUUUCAAGCUGUAAGUCCUACCAGGGAAUGUCUGUGUGUUCUGUGAACUGUAGCUCAGCUUGACAGCCAAGAACCAUCCACCAGUCUUCAGGGGAUUGGGUCUGCAUUUUCACCUUUUAACAUUGGAUUCCCACCAAGAAGCCUCGGGGCUAGCACGGGCAGCAGUGUGUGUUGCCCGCAGGAGGUCCUCUAUUGGACUUCCCACACCAGAGCCUGUUAGCCAAAGGCUUUGAAAAGGAGAUCAGAUCUCUGCGUGAGGCAUGAAUUCCACUGGAGUGACUUGUGACUCUGACUCUAUGAACGUUGCUUAUUACGAGACCAACCUAGCUGUCGCCAGCCGCAGAGCCGACCUCACUCAGGCAUCUGAAACCUUUCUGGUCUUUUCCAUCUAGGACCUAGUAGGUGUGGUUUUAGAAAAAGAUGGUGAACGUGUUUGUCAGUACUAUCUCAUUUAAGAUACCUUAAAGUGUUUACCUUUAGGGGUUGAGAGGAUCUGACUGAGGAGACAAAGUGUUUAGGAAAUUCAGAUUGGUUCAAAAGGUAGGUUUCAAGUCUGAUUUAAAUAUUUAUGUUUUUUACUUGGUUCUUUGAGGUGCAUGAGAGGGUGAUUUUUAUUUUUAAAGGGAAAGCAGUUUGAGUAUCUACAUCUCAUUGUUUCGAUGGAUAUGCAGCCUUUCGUUCAUAGCAUAUGUCAGUGUAAGGUCUGGACCAAACACUCACAUCACUAUUUCCCUUGUUCUGUGUGCGCUUGUGAUUUAUGCCAUUUGCCUUGCAUUGUAAGUGGCUUUUUCAAGGUAUUGUCGUUUGGGGGAGGGAAACAAUCUUACAUGGCAAGCAUAAAAACUGUUACUUCCUGGACAGCAGGGAAGCUACUCACCUCACCGUCAUGCCUGCCCAUGCUGCAUAGUAACCAGGGACUUGGGCUCUUCCCUUUGCACAGCUGCCACCUGGGGCCUACACCUGGAUGUGGUUGCCAUAGGCUUGUUACUUUAUGGCUAUCUUUUUCCAGAAAACUCAGGAACUCGGAGAUUAGGCAAGGACUCAGCGAAGCAUGUUGUAAAGCCCAAGCCUAGAAGCUGGAACAGGCAUCUCAUGGUGGCUCUAGCCAAAUCCCUCUGGCUCUGUGCUCUGUGCCACGGGAUCCCACCAACAAGACCCACCCCUCUUGAGCCUGACCUCCUGAUGUGAUGAGGUGGUACCGAGUGAGAAUACCCUGUGACACUAAGAUGACUGUACCCAUGCAAAUGUUGCUCGACACUGUGAAUGUCUCUCUCUCCUGUUUCCCCUGUCCUGUCCUCCAGCCUUCAUGUAUGUGUAUCCUCUGCCAGUGUACGGCUCGCAGAGCAGUGGCCUCUGUGGCUCAGAAUAAAUGUGCAACAUCUGA